AUGGAUACUGGCGCUGGUCGUGAUACGGUAGACCCAUUCGAGCCCUCCCUCCUCCCUACCGAGGACACUGGUCACAAGAAGAGACUCCUAUCUCAGAUUGACCAGUUUGAUACAACGAGGUCUGUCGAUGAAGUCUUGGCCAAAGAUCGGAACCUAGUUUCGAAUAAACGGGUGAAGCCAUUGGGUGUCAACAAGAACGCCCAAAACCGACAGACCUCCCUAUCUUUUGCCCAAACUAAUAGCGUUGACCUCAACAAUGUCGACCAAACAGCCACACCACGUCAGGAGUGGCGGCUGGAGACAAUGGUUAGAGCCCCUCAAAAGGCAAACCAGAUGGAAGAAACGAAGGUUAAAGCCCCUCAAAAGGCAAACCAGAUGGGAGAAACAAAGGUUAAAGCCCCUCAAAAGGCAAACCAAAAGAAACAAUCCAAGGUCAAAGCCCGUGAAAAGGCAGACCACAAAGAACAAUCCAAUGCCAAAGCCUCUCAAAGGGCAGGCGAAAAGAAACAAUCCGUCCUAGACGGUUUCCAGGCUUUUUCACGAAAGCCCCGGUUCCUACCUCGAAGCGACAAGGGCUCUAAAAGCUGCAACGAUGGUUGGGAAUCGGACUGGGAUUCCGAUGUUGAUAAGAGGGAUGAUACCUCCCAUAUGUUCAAUAGUGAUAACGAACUCAUCAGUGAUGAUAAAGUCAUCUGUGAACCCGAAGCCCAUAUGGCUAUCGGUGAUGAAAAAGUCGUUCCUGGACCCGAAGGAGAGGAUUUCUCUGUUGGCGAUUCUCCCGAUCAAACCAACAUUCAGUCAUCUGCAAAAGAGACACCGUACCUCAACGGUAAUCUCUUUAAGACGAUUCGAGAGAUCCUCUUAUUCCUUAAGAAAUGGGCUGGGGAGACUAGCUUUAUGGAGCUACAAGAUAGGCCUAUAACUCUCGGGUUCUGGACCUUACUUAGUCGUGUCAGUAUCGACUUUCUUAUGGGUCUCCUUGCCCCUGCAAUCUCCCUAGAGGUGCAAGCUCUCUUCGAGGCAGACACCUUUUCGGUAGAGGAUCUCCGUCACCUUCCAAAGGCAGGCUUUAAGAAACGCCCUGGUAUUUACCUCGGCUUUAUUAUCGAAGCUGAGCAUGACGAUGGUACAGUUACACUUACCCUAUAUGUGGGGUCGAGUAUCUGUGUCAGGGAUGCUCAUAAAGGCUCUCAGUUUUAUCGGAGACUGAAAAAGGGCGCCAAAGUAGAGUUCCGUGUGCUUGCAGCGUUCAAUUCUUCUAUUGAACGAGGCUAUCUGAACCUACUAGAGGCAAUCUUUAUAUUCCUCUUUGGAACCCUUCGGAAACCGACAUACGAGUCCGAGUUUAUCAAGCAAAGCACGUGGAAGCUUUACGAGAUGCUCCAAGGCGCGACUGGGUAUCGUCCACAUUUUGAAGGCCAAAUUGUUGGCUUAAAUGCGGCUUAG